CUCGGCAGGACCACAGAGACUCAGAGACUCACAGAGACUCGGCAGGACCAGAGCGGUGAAGUAUGGACGCCGCGUGCGGGGCGACAGCGUCCACGCACGAGCGCGGGGGGAUGGCGAUCCCCGCCGCUACCCCCAACGCGACAUCCCUCCCGGCUUCGGGCGAGGGGCCUCCGCGUCUCCCAGCCCUCGUCUGCUGGCGGCUGGACGAGGCCUCGCCAUCGGUGGCGCGCGCCACGCCGCUCUUCGGGGUCUCCGCGGGCGGAGGCCGCGUGGCGGCGGCGUGCGGCGGCGAUCAGCGCUUGAUCGUCCUCGCGGAGGACGGAACGGCGCUGGAGUGCGGCGUGAGCGGAGACGGCUUUCAAGCUGUGCCCGCGGAGCGGCUGACGCAGGUGAGCUGCGGGGAGCAUCACGCGGUGGCGCUCACUGGCGACGGGCAGCUGAUCACGUGGGGCGGCAGGGACGCGCCCAGAGCGACCGUGGAUUCGCAACUGGCGCCCAAGCAGUGGAGAAAAAAAUCGGGGAAGAAAAAUAAAAGGAAGCCGGCGGUGGCGCAGACGACGGCGGCGGUGGCAGGAGACGCCCGGAGUGUCUCCGCUCCCAGGCCGGUGAACAUCGUGGUGGACGCAUUCCGGAGGGUGACGCUGGUGCAGGUCUCGUGCGGAGCCCACCACACCCUCGCUCUCUCCAGCGCGAGCGAGGUGUUUGCGUGGGGGACGAACGACCGCGGGCAGCUGGGCCUGGGCGACAAAGUCCCGCGGAGCGAUCCGCUGCACGUGGUGGCCCUGUGCGGGAUUCCCCUGAGGGCCCUGGCGGCCGGCGCCGCGCACAGCCUGGCCUUGACGCUCACCGGCGGCGUCUUCGUCUGGGGCGCCAACGCUCACGGCCAGCUGGGCCUCGACCAUCUGCAAGACGCCUGCGAGGUCGUGCGAUUGGAGAGCCUGCGGGCCCGGCACGUUGUCCAACCGUCCUGCGGCGACCGCCACACCGCGCUGCUGACCAAGGAGGGGACGGUGCUCAUUCUCGGUGGCGCUGCACCUCCUGCUGCUGCUGCUGCACCUCCUGCUGCUCAUGCUGGUGCUGCUGCUGCGGCUGCUACGACAACAACCGAACAGCUGGCCCACAGCUCUGUGGUGACGGAGUGUGGCAUCAGCGGAAUAUCGCAGAUCGCUUGCAGCAGGUUUCACACGGCGGCGCUGUGCGCCACCUCGAGGAGAAUCUACUUGCUCGCGACGCCGCAGGGCCCCGGGGAGCAGGGCGGCACCACGGAGCUGGAGCUGGGCGGGGUCUCACCUGGGGGUCCGGCCGGCACAGCCGGCAUCAUCGUCAGGGACAUUUUUGCCGGAGGCAGCCGCGUCUACGCCACGUGCUGCAGCGCAGAGGAGUCUCGAGGAGACCCAACGGGCACGCGGGCUCCUGGGAUCUUCACCGUGACUCCGGAGCUGAGCAGGAAGUUGAUGUCCAAGUCAACGUUGCGUCCUGUGUUUGAGCGGCAAAUGGAUGUCAUCUUCUCGUCGGCCGCAUGCCUCAAUGGCAGUUUUCUUCUCUCACAGAGACAAUCUCCGGAUGUCAGCCUGGGACUGAAUUUGGAGGAGGCAAAGCAACUGCUGGAGAAUCUCCACACGAAACAAUUGUCCAGUAAGGUGAGCAACCUGCUGUGCGAGUUUGUCGUGCCGUCGCUGGAGAAGCUGCGUCCUGACGAGGACUCGCUCAGGGUUCUGGCUCUCCUCCUCCUCUUCCCGGGGACCGCCGACUCUCAGAAGCUCACGGCACCGGUCAUCGCCAAAGUCGUGCUGCUGCCCGACCAUCUGCGGAAACUCUUCGAGGAGUGGUUGGCCCAUCUGCCCAAACCCGACUUCCUCCGCAUGCUGAAGGCUUCCACAAAUCUCCUGCUGGACUUUUUGAAGAAGCUGGGCAGGGGGGGUGAGAUGAAAAUACCACCUGGACUCAAAGAGUUCUUGCAGAGACUGCACGAGAUCAACAAAAACUCUGCAGAAGCGGUGGAGGAUUUGCACGAGCCACGGCUGAGUGAGUUCAUCUCCGAGAUGGCUGCGGUGGCUGCGACGCCGCUUGCCAAUAAGACGCCGAAGUUCAUGAAGCAUUUUCUCCAAAAGCAGAUGGCCCUCCUAGAAGUGUUCGUGGAGUUUCCGUUUCUCUUGGACUCGCACGGAAGGAUAACGUUGUUUGAGUGGCACGUCAUUCACCAGCUCCAGCAUUAUUCAUAUUUACAAAACUUAUACCUCCUCAAGAUUGGCCAACAACCUCUGGACCGGCCCUCUCUGCCCCUGCAAAUUCGACGCAGCAACCUCCUGGGAGACGCCGUCGCACUUCUCAGGAUCCCACUGGGGACCGCCGUGUGGCUGCACCUGAACGUGUGGUUCGUAGGGGAGGCGGUGGCUGGGCCUGGAGUGAACGCAGAGUUCUUCCUCCUCUUCAUGGAGGCGUUGGUGGCGAACAAGGAGAUCGGCUUCCUGACGGACAGGGAGUCGAACCUGCUCUGGUUCUCGGAGGAGGACAUGCAGGAGGUUCGACUUGGACAGACCCCGGUUUCGAGCGCAGACAUCUACUGGGCGCUGGGCGUGGUGUGCGGCCUGGCUGUCUACAACCGCGUCCUCAUUGACUUCCCCUUCCCGCUGGCGCUGUACAAGAAGCUGCUGGGCGUCUCUCCCGACCUCAGCGACCUGCUGGAGCUAUCGCCCCGCCUGGGACGGAGCAUGACGGAGAUUCUAAAGGACACCAACGAACACUUGGAAGACACCUUGUGUCGCACUUUCACCUACCAGUAUGAAGCCAACGGAAAGGUGCUGACGAGAGAGCUGAUUCCGGGAGGACGCUCCACGAUGGUGACGCAGCGGAACAAGCGCGAGUACGUGGAGAGGUUCGUGCAUCACAGGUUCUGCAGCGACGCGGUGCAGCGGAAGUUUGAGAGGUUCGAGUCAGGGUUCAAGUCCGUCUGCGAGGUGCUCCGCUUCCGUCUGCUGAGCCCACGCGAGCUGAGGGACGUCGCGUUCGGCAAGGCGAGCCACGACUGGCCCGCUCUCGAGCAGGGCGUUCUCUACGUCAAGGGAUUCAGCGCCCGGCACAACACCGUCAAGAUGUUCUGGGAGGUCUUCCGUGAGCUGACCGACGAGCAGAAGAAGCGAUUCCUGAUUUUCGUGACCGGCACGGACCGCGUGCCGCUGUCGGGGAUGAAUACGCUGCGAAUCACCUUCUCCAUGGCCGAAGACCCGGAGGGCCUGCCGCAGGCCCACACGUGUUUCCGCACGUUCUACCUGCCGGCCUACGGCGACAAGACGGACCUUCGCAACAAGCUCAGCCUCGCUCUCGAGCAGUGCUUCGGCUUUGCACCUUUGGAAUAGAACCCCGCUCGUCGGUCAUGCUCCCCCCCUUCCACCGCCCUCCCCCCCCACCUUCCCCCCUCGACUCGUCUGUAAUAAUACGCUUGUUGUUCGUGCGCGCGGAGGCGCCUCGUGAAGGACGCUGCUGCUGCUGCUGCUGGGCAGUGGGAGGCAGUCGCCCCCUCCAACAACAACGGAGGGCGGAGGAGCGACGCUCACAACAAAGAGCGGAGCGCCCGGGAGGCUAAAAUGUGGCGAGUUGACACAGUAGGUGGUGCGCAUCUGCCAGUCAUCUCAGUCGGUCAACUCAUGGCGCCUGCUGGGUCUGUCCCGUGACCUCCUGUUAGCGAGCCUUUCGACACUUCACGCGGCCUCAAAGUGCACCUGGCCUGGCACGGGCGCCGUGGUGGUGAUGUUACCCCCACUUAAGCGGCAAAUGGCGGUUGUGUUGGUAUCGACUCCGUCUGUAACGGACCGGCGUAGAGACCUGGGGUGGUGGUGAGGUCACGCGAGAUCGGAGUGAGUUGGCGAGGAAGAGGGUGGUGGUGACGUCGCGCGACACCGAGAACUUUUAAAUCAAGACACAAAAAAUACCGACAUGACGAAAUAUUCAAAUUGUCCGAAACACAAAUACCUGAAUGAUAAGACGUCAUAGACAUUCGGCAUUCUCGUUUUCGCGAAUGUUCCACGUGUUGCUGCCAGUUAGCGGUCGGAGCGCCGUCCCUGGCAUCGGCGCUGUCGUUCCCACAGCGCCGGGGCGACCGUCGCGGGGGGAAGGCGGCUCGCGCUGGCGCGGUCGGCAGCCGUGCGCAGGACUCCCCCCCCCCCCCCCCCCCCCCCC